AUGAUACGCCCGGCGGCGGUGUCACGAUGGCAAAAAGAUGGCAACAAAGGUGACGACAAAGAUGGCGAUAAAGACGGCGACAAAGAUGGCAACAAAAAUGACAACAAAGAUGGCAACAAAGUUGACAACAAAGUUGACAACAAAGUUGAUAACAAAGUUGACAACAAAGAUGGCAACAAAGUUGAUAACAAAGUUGACAACAAAGUUGAUAACAAAGUUGACAACAAAAAUGGCAACAAAGAUGACAAACUUGACAACAAAGAUGACAACAAAGAUGGCAACAAAGAUGAUAACAAAGAUGACAAAGUUGACAAAAAAGAUGGCAAUAAAGUUGACAACAUAGAUGGCAACAAAGAUGAUAACAAUGAUGGCAACAAAGAUGAAAACAAAGAUGGCAACAAAGACAACAAAGAUGGCAACAAAGAUGACAACAAAUAUGGCAACAAGGAUGACAACAAAGAUGGCAACAAAGAUGGCAACAAGGAUGGCAACAAAGAUGACAACAAAGAUGACAAACUUGACAACAAAGAUGGCAACAAAGAUGGCAAACUUGACAACAAAUAUGGCAACAAAGAUGGCAACAAAGAUGACAAACUUGACAACAAAGAUGGCAACAAAGAUGACACCAAAGAUGGCAACAAAUAUGGCAACAAAGAUGACAACAAAGAUGACAACAAAGAUGGCAACAAAGAGGACAAACUUGACAACAAAGAUGGCAACAAAGAUGACAACAAAAAUGAAAAAGAUGACAACCAAGAUGACAAACUUGACAACAAAGAUGGCAACAAAGAUGACAACAAAAAUGAAAAAGAUGACAACCAAGAUGACAAACUUGACAACAAAGAUGGUAACAAAGAUGACAACAAAGAUGGCAACAAAGUUGACAACAAAGUUGAUAACAAAGUUGAUAACAAAAAUGGCAACAAAGAUGACAAACUUGACAACAAAGAUGACAACAAACAUGGCAACAAAGUUGAUAACAGAGAUGAUAAAGUUGACAACAAAGAUGGCAACAAAGAUGAUAACAAUGAUGGCAACAAAGAUGAAAACAAAGAUGGCAACAAAGACGACAACAAAGAUGGCAAAAAAGAUGACAACAAAGACGGCAACAAAGAUGACAAGAAAGAUGGCAACAGAGAUGGCAACAAAGAUGACAAACUUGACAAGAAAGAUGGCAACAAAGAUGACAACAAAGAUGGCAAAAUUGACAACAAAGAUGGCAACAAAGAUGACAACAAAGAUGACAAACUUGACAACAAAGAUGGCAACAAAGAUGGCAAACUUGACAACAAAUAUGGCAACAAAGAUGACAAACUUGACAACAAAGAUGGCAACAAAGAUGACAAACUUGACAACAAAGAUGGCAACAAAGAUGACAACAAAGAUUACAAAGAUGACAACAAAGAUUACAAAGAUGACAACAAAGAUGACAAACUUGACAACAAAGAUGGUAACAAAGAUGGCAACAAAGAUGACAACAAAGAUGACAAACUUGACAACAAAGAUGGCAACAAAAAUGACAACAAAGAUGGAAACAAAGAUGGCAACAAAGAUGGCAACAAAGAUGACAACAAAGAUGACAAACUUGACAACAAAGAUGGCAACAAAAAUGACAACAAAGAUGGAAACAAAGAUGGCAACAAAGAUGACAACAUAGACGACAACAAAAAUGGCCGCAGUUCCAACUACACUAAGCUAGAAUGA